AUGAAGGGUCUCUCGACUUUGUUCACGGCGGUGCAGUUGUCAAGCUGGACGUCCCCCGUCCGCGGCGCGACAACAGAGGCUUCAAACCGCUGCUCACCGGAAACGUUCCGCUUCCCCACGCUCGAGGGCGCUGAUUUUGCCGGCUUGUCUGCGAUACCCGUCACGGACCUCGAGUUCAAAGCCGUGACACCAGAGGGGCGCGCAGCCAUCCCGAGUUCGGGCAUCACCUUUUGCAACGUCACGGUCAAGUACGUUCACAUAGGUUAUGACGACCUGACGCAGGUACAGAUCUGGUUGCCGUCGGCCGAGCGGUGGAAUGGACGGUUCGUGGGCGUUGGCGGAGGCGGCUACUCAGCCGGGCAGUUUGGAAGUGAAAAGGUCGUGGCGACGUUGGCGAUGGGGUAUGCAACUAGUUCAACGGAUGCUGGCCAUGACCAUACGACAUGGGAGAAAGCGUCGUGGGCGUUGAAGCGGGAUGGUUCUGUCAACGAGAGGUUGCUGACAAACUAUGCUCAUGUUUCGGUGCACGAUAUGACGGUCAUUGCCAAGGGGGUCGUCGAGCAAUAUUACGGCCAGGCUCCCGAGUAUUCUUAUUGGGAUGGCUGUUCGACAGGCGGGAGACAGGGUAUUAUUGAAGCACAGCGGUACCCGGCCGACUAUGACGGAAUCCUCUCCGGAGCGCCAGCUGUCAAUCAGCCAAGCCUAAUCAUCAGCACGUACUGGCCGCAGUUUGUCAUGAACCAGAAGGGCGUGUACCCGCACAUUUGCGAGAUGAUUUUCAUGACGGUGUUCGCGGUUGAAGCAUGCGACGAGCUCGACGGAGUCAAGGACAACAUCAUCGCGAACCCGGACAAGUGCUCCUUCGACCCUGCGAGCGUCGUUGGGAGGGAGCUGGAUUGCGGAGACAAAACCAUGAAGAUGUCGGCGGCGACGGCCGAAAUCGCGAAGGAGAUAUGGAAGGGUCCCCACAAUGCCGAAGGCACGCCGCUCUGGCUUCCAAAGGGGUAUCCAAUAGGGGCCCCAUUUACUGGGCGGUUCGGUCUGGGGAAUGUCAACUGCAGCUUGCCAGAUCAACCUUGCACCGGACACCCGUUCCUGAUGUCGGUGGAGUGGAUCCGCAACCUCGUGCACAAGGACCCUGAUUAUGACGUGAAGGGGAUGCGGCUCGCCGAUCUGGAGGCGGCUUUCACUCAAAGCCGGCAAGAGUACGACGGACUCAUCGGAGCGAACGAUCCAGACCUGUCUGAAUUCAAAAGACUUGGGAAAAAGAUGAUUAGCUGGCACGGCCUGGCCGACGAAUGUGUAACGAUGCGGACGUCGAGAGAUUAUUAUGACCAGGUGUUGAGGAGAGACGGAGAUGCUCCGAAAUACUAUCGCCACUUUGAGGCGCCUGGGGUGUACCACUGCUAUGGAUUGAACGGAACAUUUUAUCCGCUAAAGGGGCUCGAGGCGCUACGAGCGUGGGUUGAGGAGGGGUUGUUCCCCGAGACGCUAGAUGGGUAUAAGCUUAGUGGAGGAAACGACAGCGAGGCCUCGACAAGGCCGUUGUGUGCGUACCCUGCAGAGAUUCGCCACGGCGCAACUCAACUGCUGCGCUUGACUGAGAAGUUCCCUGGUUACAAUGGGUCUGGUUUGGAUGGCGGUUAUGAGACUGCCAACGACCAGGCACUGCCCAGCGAUAGCGACAUCCGCGCCAUGACAAGGUUAUCCCACGGCAUCGCCCGCGACAUCAGCCAGAUUAGAGCCCUACGUAAGGAAGAUCCAAGCUAUCACAAGCGAAGAGCUAGCGAACUGCUGCACAAUGCCAUGGGCCCGCCGUCGGUGAGCCGCACGAGGGUCGUGCCUGACUGUGUCAGCACCGCCGGACGCGGUAAAACCCACCGCCAGGUUGAGUUCUCCUGCCACAAAUGCCAUCGCGUCGACACCCCCGAAUGGCGGCCGGGCCCUGAUGGACCUAGCACUCUCUGCAAUGUGUGCGGCCUGGUGUACGCCAAGCGGGAGCGAAAGAAGGAAGAGUCGACGAUGCCCACUUUUGGGUCCCCCAGUUUCUCUUGA